AUGCCGCCGAAGCGAAAAUCAGCUCAGCACCAACGGGAUGACGAUGAUGAUAUGUCGUCCCAGUGGGUGGAAGGUAACUCAACGCCCUUCCAAAAAUACUUCAACACGAAGUACUCCUCCGAGUUCAUGGGAAGCCUUCCCGAACGAAUUCGUCAGCGCGCCCAGGUUCUCCUGUACUACCAUGAGAAAUGUGAGAGGAUCCGGAAGGACUUUGAGGAAAAGGAAACGGCGCUGCGCCGCAAGUAUGAUGAGAUUUACGCACCUCUGCUGGACAAGCGGAAGGAGAUCAUUACAGGUGCGCAUCUGCCAACAGACGAAGAGGUAAGGAAAGGACUCCCUAGCGAGCACGAGGGGAAGGUAAGUGUUACCACUGAUGCCGAUGUGGGGAAAGGACUUCCUGGUUUCUGGCUGCGCGUGUUGAAGCACCAUGUUCUUUCCGCUUCCAUGAUUCGAGAUCACGAUGAACCUGUUCUUAUGCAUUUAAUAGACGUGCGCUCAGGCGUUGUGGACGGUGGUUAUGGGAGUAUUGCCGUUGCGUUUGUUUUCGAGCCGAACCCAUUCUUCCAAGAGGAGACCCUAAUUCUGAAGCUUGUCCAGGGGGACGACGGGGCGACUGUCACCCGUACCCCCAUCACGUGGAAACCGGGGAAGGAUGUAACGGUGAGGACGGAGAAGGUAAAGAAGUCAGGGAAACGUGGGCAAGGGGGGAAGGUAAAGACAAUCACUGUUCCGCAGCCCUCGUUUUUCAACACUUUUAAGGAGAAUGGUGGGUCGGGUGCCGCCACCGCUCACGAUGAUGAUGAUGAGGAUGAUGAAGAUGAAGAUGAGUGGACUGAACAGCUUCUUCAGGUGCUUCAUACAAGCAUCAUUCCGUCCGCUGUCCACCACUACACCGGCGAAGCCCCGGAUGGCGCUAGUGAUAUUGAUACUGACUACGAUGAUGAUGAUGACGACGAUGACGAUGACGAUGACGACGAUGAUGAUGAUGACGACGAUGACAUACCUCCCCAGAGAGGCCGCAGACAGCAAGGCGGUGCUUUCGGCAGGGGAAGUGGCAAGCAAUCACAGCAGCAACCUCAGCAACAAUGCAAACACCAGUAA